AUGAAGGUCCUGAUGGAGGCGAAGCUGCAGGCGUGUCUGAAACACAGCGGGUCAUUGAUCGACGCCGGGGUGAAGAGCGUGAACCUGUCAGAGGGCGAGCAGCUGUCGAUCAGGGGCGCAGACGAGCGCGGCGCUGUCCUCGUCCUCGCCAACCACACGCUGCUGGUGGAGGGUCAGGUGAUCCGCAGUCCCACCAACACGCUGUCCGUCUACUACCGGGGCGGUCUGGACGGGAACAUGGGCAUCUUCCAGCUGCACUACCAGAUCUUCAGACUCAGCUGUGCGCUCCCAAAGAGGCCUCACUACGGGGAGGUGUCGGUGCUGGACCUGCUGCCCGGAGGCACCGCCCGCUUUCACUGUCACAUGGGUUAUCACCUGGACGGGGAGACGCUGCUCACCUGUCUCAACGCCUCCCUGCCGGUGUGGAACGGCAAAGUGCCCUCCUGCAGGGCUCUGUGUGGCGGCACGGUGAAGAACGCCACCGUAGGCAGGGUGCUGUCUCCUUCUCCACACCACGGACCGAACGCCACCCAGGACCGCUCCUGUUCCUGGUCCCUGGAGGCCCCCAAGGACCAGAGGCUGCACCUACAUCUGGAGAGACUGGCUCUGGGACCCACUGACAGACUGGUGCUGUGGAGCGGGCUGGAUGCCGGCUCUGUGGUUCUGUUUGAUUCGGGUCGGGGGGGACAGAUACCCUUUGAGGGAGUGAUCAGCGAGGGGCCGGCUGUGAGGAUCCAGUUCAUCACCGACCAGCCAAACCACAACACGGGAUUCAACAUCCGCUACGAGGCGUUUGAGCGAGGACACUGCUACGAGCCGUACCUCCAGAACGGGAACUUCACAACCUCUGAUCCGCUGUACGGGGUCGGGGCCGUGGUCACGUUUACCUGUGACGCAGGUCACGCUCUGGAGCAAGGCCCCCCGGUCAUCGAGUGCAUCAGUGCGAGGGAUCCGUACUGGAACGACACGGAGCCGCUCUGCAAAGCUCAGUGUGGAGGAGACCUGAGCGGACCUGGUGGAGUGAUCCUGUCUCCAAACUGGCCCGAGUGGUACGGGGAGGGGGAGGACUGCAGCUGGAGGAUCCACGUCGGGGAGGACAAACGGGUUCUGCUGGACGUUCAACUGCUGAACAUCAGCGACAGCGACAUACUGACCAUCACCGACGGGGACGAGGUGGCCACUCGGAUCCUGGGGCGCUACGUCGGAGGGAGCAGCCCCUUCAAACUCUCCUCCACCACGCCGGACCUCACCGUCACCUUCCACUCGGAUCCUGCAGGGCUCGUCUUCGGGAAGGGCGAGGGCUUCAUCAUCAACUACAUGGAGGUGUCCCGGAACGACUCCUGUCCAGACCUGCCUGAGAUCCAGAACGGCUGGAAGACAACGUCCCACAUCGCUCUGGUUCGAGGAGCCCGGAUCACCUACCAGUGUGACCCGGGUUACGACCUGGUGGGCAGAGAGACCCUCACCUGUCAGCUGGACCUGUCCUGGAGCUCACAGCCCCCCUUCUGUGAAAAAAUCAUGUACUGCUCAGACCCCGGCCACGUGGAGCACUCCACCCGGUCUCUGUCGGAUCCCAAACUCUUAGUUGGGACCACCAUUCAGUACAGCUGCAACCCUGGCUUCAUCCUGCAGGGCGGCGCCACCAUCACCUGCUACGGCCGAGAGCCGGGGACCCCCGUGUGGACGUCCCGACUCCCUCACUGCGUCACUGAGGAUUCUGUUUCCUGUGAGAACCCCGGUCUCCCUGACAACGGCUACCAGAUCCUGUCCAAGAGGCUCUACCUGCCCGGAGAGUCGCUCACCUUUGUUUGUUACCAAGGCUACGAGCUCAUCGGAGAGGUCGCGAUAAAAUGCAUCAUUGGGAAUCCGUCGUUCUGGAGCGGACCGCUUCCUCUCUGCAGGGUUGCAGAGGCGACUGCCGGCUCCACUCUGGAUGGAGGGAACAUAGCGCUCGCCAUCUUCAUCCUUGUUCUUCUGCUGUCGGUGCUGCUGGGAGGAGUUUACGUCUACGUCACACGGUGCCGAUAUCACUCCAAUCUAAGGCUCCCUCUGAUUUACCCACACCCCUACCGACAGAUCACUGUGGAGACAGAGUUUGACAACCCGCUCUACGAGACCGGAGGGCAGGACACUCGUGAAUACGAAGUAUCGAUAUGAGAAACUUCACUAAAGACAUUUUCUGAACCAAGACUGACCGCCCCGUCCCAACACCUCCUCCCCUCCUCCUUCCUUCUCCACCCAGGAGGAGGCGAUGUAAAUACAAACAGAAGAUGUCCAGCCCCUUCUGCCACGAGACGCAGGGACCAGAUCCUGUUCUCUCCUCCUUUGACGCGACGGAUUCUGAUGACGAGGGAAUGUGAAGCGAGAGAGGAGACGGAGGAGUCGAUGGGAGACGGAGGAGGGAGGGAAUAACAGACCCAAAGAUCAACAAAGAACAUCAAACAUGGAGAGAAAAGAGGAGUCACUGGAUGUGAUGAAUGAGGAGAGGAGUUAAGGAGGGGUGAAAUUAAAGGAGUAGGGGACAGGAAACAGGAGGAAGGAGGGGAUUAAAGCACUUUUAGUAAUUUUCUCCAAAAAAGAAGAGAGUCUGUAAAAGGUGUCGGAGGAGGAGGAGGAGGGAUAAGGAUUGCAAUCCCUAAGAUUUCCAGGAAUUAAGUUUUCAUUUGAGAGGAACCAGUAUUACUGUUAAACGUCCUUGUUUCCUUGUCUUUCAGAGCUGGAUUAAGUUUCUGAUAAAGCUAACUCAACAUUUGUUCUGCUGCUCCUCCACAGCACACAAACCAAAUUCAGUCCGGACCUCUCUCAUCAAAGAGAAUCAUUAUCUGCAUGCAGUUGCAUUUGGCUGUAAGGCCUUCCACUUUCUUUCAUGUCAAUUCAUGAAAAGCCAAGACAGGGAGAGCACAUCUCCACUUUCUUUAAUGCCCAAACAUGAAAAUCCAAGACAGGAAGAGCACAUCUCCACUUUCUUUCAUGUGCAUUCAUGAAAAGCCAAGGCAGGGAGAGCACAUCUCCACUUUCUUUCAUGUGCAUUCAUGAAAAGCCAAGGCAGGGAGAGCACAUCUCUACUUUUUUAAUGCCCAAACAUGAAAAGCCAAGACUGGGAGAGCACAUCUCCCUUUUCUUUCAUGCCUAAAUAUGAAAAGCCAAGGCAGGGAGAGCACACUUCCCCUCUUUUUCAUGCCCAAACAUGAAAAGCCAAGACAGGGAGAGCACAUCUCCAAUUAUUUUAAUGCCCAAACAUGAAAAUUCAGGGCAGGGAGAGCACAUCUCCACUUUCUUUCAUGUGCAUUCAUGAAAAGCCAAGGCAGGCACAGCAUAACUCCCCUUGUCUAUAAUGUGGCUGGGAGAGCAGCAGCAAAGACCCCUGCCCUUCAAUGUGCUAAGGUAGAGUGCCAUAGCCUGAGGUGAAGAGAGCCCACCUCCCCUCUUUUCAAUGUGCAUACAUGAAAAGCCAAGGCAGGGAGAGCAGCAGCAAAGACCCAGAGCGAGUAUCAGUGACAUUACAUAUGACACUUGUAAAAUCAGACACAGCAGAAAGGAGGAGCUGGGGUGGAGGGCGGUUGUAAAGCGGUUUGCAGGCGGAGCAGUAAGAGAAGGCAGGCAGAGCAACUUAAACAGAACAAAAAUUGUACUCAUUGCUGAUUGGAUGCCAAUGUUUUAAUUGGAGUUUCUUAAAAUUAGCUAAAUUACGUGGAACCUUGUCUGCAGCAGUGACUACCCAGCUUCAGUGAAAGUUGCCUCUUGUGAAAGACAAGAGCCUCAAAGAGCCCUUCAAAACCCCUUAAAAAGUUGAACUAUCCCUUUAAUUUUUGAGUUGACGGGAUAAGGUCUUUGCAGGAGCACCUGAUAUAUAAUGCAGUACCACGUGUGGCCACUGGGGCAGCAAAACUGAGUGUCAGUGUGUAUCAUAUUGAACCAGGACUGAAAUCUUAAGGGUUGCAACUUGUCAGGGGAAAUUGUCCAGAUAGAGCCGUGGCUGUUUUCACUCAUGGGUCACCGCCUGUCUGCACUAAAGGAUAUGAACAGAAAGGAGCUAACAGUCAGGUCAGGCGGGUUCAGUUCUUCCUCUGGUGAUGGUCAGACAGGAUGUGAGCCGUCUCCUGUCCCUGACUCCCCUCCCGCCCGCAGUCACCUUCCAGGGUUUUUAACUCCGGCCGGUCCAGCUCCGCUCGUAGCUGUAGUGAAGUGGUAUUUAAACCUCUGACUCUGCAGCCGGUGCAGCACUGAUGUCUUAUUUCUCACAUGUAGUUAGAGUGUUGACCGUUGUAGACCGGCCUCAGAGUCCCCGGGUCUGGACCGGCUCGUGAUUAAAAUAACAGGGAAUGAAAACACAUGUAGAUGCAGAUAUGGAGGCUGCAGUGUGAAUAGCAUAGCUGUAGUUAACAGAGCGAUCUCUGAGUGCAAGCUCGAUCAACCCACCAGAUGAUGUAUUUAUUUUGAUGUACUGUAUAUGUGAUGUUUUAUGCAGAUUGAUUAAUGUACAUUUUCAUUAUGAGAAGACAAAUGUUAACAGUUUCCCUAAAUAAAAAGAAAACUUGAAUAAAAAGAACAAACAACUUUAUAAAUA